CAGUGAGCAGACAAGUGCCGCCCUCCAGGAGUACACCCCAAAGAGUGGACUAGAACACUGCCCUUCAGUGGAGGUGGGAUUGUCCAAAACCCUCUGGGUUCUCCUCAAUGGGAUCUGUUGCCAUGGAGACCUCCUGAGAUCCUGCAUUUACCAGUGGCUUCCAACUUAACUUCCAGAUAGAGGACUGGAAAUGGCCACAUGGGACAGAUCCAGCCCCAGGCUGCAUCAGGAGGCUGAGCCAGCUGUGGAGGGGGACCCACAUCUGCCCACGGGUCGGGAGUUGUCCGAGGCCAACCGCUUUGCCUAUGCCGCCCUCUGUGGCAUAUCCCUGUCCCAGCUAUUUCCAGAACCUGAGCAAAGCUCCUUCUGCAUAGAGUUUGUGACGGGCCUGGCGAAGUGGCUGGAGUUGUCCGAAGCCGUCCUGCCCACCAUGACUGCUUUUGCCAGCGGCCUGGGAGGCGAAGGAGCAGACAUGUUUGCUCAGAUUUUAACGAAGGACCCCAUCUUGAAGGACGACCCAUUGGUGAUCACCCAGGACCUGCUGAGCUUCUCACUCAAGGAUGGGCGCUAUGAUGCUCGGGCCCGGGUCCUCAUUUGCCACGUGACCUCCCUCCUCCGCCUGCCCGUGGGGGAGCUGGAUCUCCUUGAAGAGACAUUCCUUGAGAGCCUGAAGGAAACCAAAGAGGAGGAAUCUGAAACGGCCGAGGCGUCCAGGAAGAAGAGAGAAAACCGGAAGAAAUGGAAGCGCUAUCUGCUGAUAGGCCUGGCGACCGUCGGAGGCGGGACAGCGAUCGGAGUGACCGGGGGUCUGGCCGCCCCUCUUAUUGCCGCCGGGGCCGCGACGAUCAUUGGCAGUGCUGGGGCAGCGGCUCUGGGCUCAGUGGCCGGCAUAGCUGUCAUGACGUCGCUGUUCGGUGCAGCUGGAGCUAGUCUGACAGGAUACAAGAUGAAGAAGCGUGUGGGGGCCAUUGAGGAGUUCACAUUUCUGCCUCUGACGGAAGGCAGGCAGCUGCACAUCACCAUCGCCAUCACGGGGUGGCUGGCGUCCGGCAAAUACCGCACCUUCAGCGCUCCAUGGGCUGCCCUGGCCCGCAGCUGCGAGCAGUACUGCCUAGCCUGGGAGGCCAAAUACCUGAUGGAGCUCGGCAAUGCCCUGGAGACCAUCCUCAGCGGUCUUGCAAGCAUAGUGGCCCAGGAGGCCCUAAAGUACACAGUGUUGUCUGGCAUUACGGCUGCCCUGACCUGGCCGGCCUCACUCCUCUCUGUCGCCAACAUCAUCGACAACCCCUGGGGGGUCUGUCUCCAUCGGUCAGCAGAGGUUGGCAAGCACCUGGCCCACAUCCUGCUCUCCCGGCAGCAGGGCCGGCGACCUGUCACUUUGAUUGGCUUCAGCCUGGGAGCCAGAGUCAUCUACUUCUGCCUGCAAGAGAUGGCUCAGGAGAAAGGAUUGGCGUCACCAGCGGGCAUGGCAGAGACCCUGGAGCCCAGCAGCAUGAUUCAUCCCUGCUCUUUAUCUUCUGCUAAAAUGGACUGGGGAUCAGAGCUGUUUUCCUGGUUGCAGAGGCAAGAUUGCCAGGGGAUCAUCGAGGACGUCGUCCUGCUGGGUGCGCCCGUGGAAGGAGAAGCCAAGCACUGGGAGCCUUUCCGGAAGGUGGUGUCCGGCAGGAUCAUCAACGGCUACAGCAGGGGGGACUGGCUGCUGAGCUUCGUGUACCGCACGUCCUCGGCGCAGCUCCAGGUGGCCGGCCUGCAGCCGGUGCUGCUGCAGGACAGGAGGAUGGAGAACGUGGACCUGUCCUCCGUGGUCAGCGGCCACCUGGACUAUGGCAAGCAGAUGGACGUCAUCCUGAAGGCUGUGGGCAUCCCCACCAAGCCAGGCUGGGGCGAAAAGGGGCUUUUGAUGGCCUCAGGCAACCUGCCCCAAGAGGAGCCUCGCCAGGCAGCAGCCGCCUCCUCAUCAGACAAGACCACCGACCAGGAUGGGCAAACCCAGGGUCCGGCACCCAGAGACACCUCCCAAGUGUCCGCAUCCGCUGACCCCAGCCAAGCCCAGGUGCCAAUGGGGCUGGACCAACCCGAAGGGGCCUCCCUUCCUGCUGCUGCCUGCCCUGCGGAGAACCCCCAGACCUGCAGCCAUGGCGUGAGCCCCAACCCACUGGGCUGCCCCAGCUGUGCCAGCGAGAUCCAGGGACCCGGCCCAGGGUUGGAUUGACCCCCAAAGGGGACUCGAGCCGUCUUCCCAGAUUCCCCUAUGUGGUGCUCUCUUACCCCCGUCCACCGGGCUCCCCGCGGGAGCUCUGAAGAAUUUCCACCAGUGCCUUUCCUAAACGAAGGCUUUGGGGUUGAAAAGCAAGGAAUUGACAGGAGGGGGGACUGUAGGGAGACGAUGGUUCCUCUCUGGAGAAGCAAGGCCAGAGCCCUGCAGAGUCAACCAAGCACAGGUGAGAGCCCUCGGACCCUGAACUCUAGGUCACACGUGGGGCUGGUUCUCCAUCAGGAGGUCUGGGGGGCUCUUUGGGGCCUGAGGCCACCUGCCACCACCCCCCACCCCGCCACCUCAGUCAAGCCAGGUGUCUGCCUGCCCUUCCAUCCACUCCAGGGCUGCCCUCCAGCCCACAGGCACCUCUGACACACCUACAGAGCGGGCACCAGAGGCAGCGGGCAGCUCACUCUCUCUGCUCUUGGGAGAUCCGAUCAGACCUGCCAUGUACAGCCACGUGGGCGCCAGUCACACAGACACGAGGUGAAGGGCACCCCCCAAAGUUGCACUGCGUGGCAGCCCUGGAUGUCAUUGUAGCAGAGCACGGCGAGCAAAUGCUGAAUCCGCAUGCGGUACGGUGGGAGCUGGGCCUGGUAGCAAGAGGGGGUUAGACGGGAAGGAUUUCCUGUAGCAGGAGCAGAGGUGAUGGUGAUUGUAAAAAUAAAGAAUGGCUACCACCCA